GCGCCGAAGCUUAUUUGUUUGAUGGGUGGGAAAGUCGUGAGUUUGUUCGACGGAAAUGGCGGGAAAGGCGCCGCUCGGCGGGGAGCCUGGGACGACUGAGAUGGAAACGGGUGCCCGACCGAAACAGAGAGGGGGAAGAAUUGUGCCUUCUCGUUACCUGCAGUAUGAUAAAAAAACAAGUGGAAAGGGCACCUCAAGCACCAGCUUCUCCAUUGGAAAAGGUCUAGGAAAUGUUGGAUCUCCAAAGAGACCUGUUCAGCUUCAAAAAUUCAAGACUUCAAUAGAAAGUACACCUAGUAUAUUACAUUCAACCUUUCUGGAUAGCCAUGAGAGUACUCGACCUGAAUUGGAGGUUUCAGCUAUUAAUGAAAAAAGCCGCUAUAAAACACCAGUUUCAAAGCUCCAUAUAAAAGGCACUUCCAAAAAAAAGCUGGUCUUGACAUCCUCUGAUUCAGAUGAUCUGAUUGGGAUGCUGGACUCUCAGAUGCUGCUGUUAACUUAUGCCUCCAUAAAGAUGGAGAAGAACCUUGUCCAUCUGGAGGGGAAAGCUGAAAGAAACUUGUUAAUGCUCUGUGAGGAAGCGGGGAAACUACAGAAGAAUGUACAUGAAAAGAAGCUUAAACUGCAGCAUCUGAAGAAAGAGACGGAGCUCUUUGAAGCAUUAGAGAAACAGCUUGAAAUACUUGAACCUGUUUCUGAACAAUGUCCACAGUUUAGGGAGGACUAUAAGCACUUUGCCACUGCCCUGGACACAACUAGGCAUGAACUGCCCAUGAAGGACAUCUACACAGAAGAAGACAUGGGACAAUAUCUAGCUGAGUUGCAGAAAAGCUUGGUUAUGGCUCAGAAUGUUUUGAAUGAAGCUCUGCUACAAAACUUUGAAGAAAAUGCCAAAGCGCUGAAUGUCAUGAAGGAACUAGAGGAAGUGUCUUUGAAGCUGGAUGCAGAGCUGCCAAGGACCUUUGCACAUAUUGUGGAUUUGUCUGCUGAUGUGAGCAAGGAGGCCUCACUCCAUUAUCAGAAAAUGUGUGAAGACACCCUGGGUCUGGAGACCAUGAAGCAAUUGUACUUUAGUUAGAUCCAAUCUUUAGCUCUUGGUGUCACUGAAACAGGAAGCUGGUCCUUCUGUACUUUCAUUGAAAGAUUGAAAUAGGUCACACCACUUGGAGUAACAUUUUCUACUCAUUUGUUACAAUUGCUUGAGAGAGGAGGAGAUUUUAAGGAAAACCCUAAUUGUUUGACAUGAACAAUUGGAAAGGUGCACAGAAAAAAAGGAGGGACAAAAUGUGCUUUCUUUCCCUCAUCCUUCUUGGUGCCAUUUGACCUAAUGGAAACAAGGAUGUAUUUGCACUUUGAGAUUCUUUCACUUUUGUAUUAAAACAAUUUUCUCACUGCAAA